AAAAGAGAGAGAAUAGGAAAUGAAAGAUUGAAACUUGAAAAGCGUUUGAUUUUGUGUGCUAUUCUCUCUCUCCUCUUCACACUAAACAUCAUGGGAUAGAAAUCUCCGCGUAAUAUUACAUCUCUUUUACAAUUCAAACGUACCCACAAUACCGGGACUCGGUCCAAUGCCAUUUCUCUCUCCUAUCGCUUCCCUGUAAUGGUUUUUGAAAUUUUAAUUUAAUCAGCUGUUUCUUCAGUUUUUCAAAGCAGAUUACACCAAAUUUGCAGUCAAGGAGGCUUCUUCUUUGAUCAUUGAUUUUUAGUUUGAUUUUUAUAUCUGUUAGCAUUGAAGAAAUUUUGCGAAUGUUAAAUUUUAGCAGGACAAGAACUCAGCCAAGGUCUACAAGAUCGAUGUCAUUAGGAGGUAUGGAUUAUGCAGAUCCAAAGAAGAAGAACAAUUUACUAGGAAAAAUUAUUUUGGCUGCUUCCCUCACAGCACUAUGCAUUCUCAUGCUCAAGCAAUCGCAAACGUUUAACACCCCAAGCCCAUUCUCCCUACAUGAAUCAGGUGUCACUCAUGUUUUAGUGACUGGAGGUGCUGGCUAUAUUGGUUCACAUGCUGCUUUACGACUUCUGAAGGACUCACACCGUGUAACCAUAGUGGAUAAUCUCUCUCGCGGAAACCUAGGUGCCAUCAAGGUUCUACAAGAAUUAUUUCCAGAACCUGGGAGACUUCAGUUCAUUUAUGCUGACUUGGGGGAUGCUAGAGCUGUAAACAAAAUAUUUUCAGAAAAUGCAUUUGAUGCUGUGAUACAUUUUGCAGCUGUUGCAUAUGUUGGAGAAAGCACUCUUGAUCCUUUAAAGUAUUAUCACAAUAUUACAUCAAAUACCCUGGGAGUAUUAGAGGCAAUGGCAGCACAUGGUGUGAAGACUUUGAUAUAUUCUAGUACGUGCGCAACGUAUGGAGAACCUGAAAAGAUGCCCAUUACGGAAGGAACUCCUCAGCUUCCUAUAAAUCCAUAUGGAAAAGCUAAGAAGAUGGCAGAAGAUAUCAUCCUGGAUUUCCAUAAAAAUUCGGACAUGGCUGUCAUGAUCUUAAGAUACUUCAAUGUCAUUGGUUCAGAUCCAGAAGGAAGAUUAGGAGAAGCUCCUAGACCCGAACUGCGUGAGCAUGGACGGAUAUCUGGUGCUUGUUUUGAUGCAGCUCGUGGAAUUAUUCCUGGGCUUAAGGUUAGAGGAACAGACUAUAAAACUCAAGAUGGCACAUGCAUACGAGACUACAUUGAUGUCACAGAUCUGGUUGAUGCUCAUGUGAAAGCCCUUGAAAAGGCAAAGCCUGGGGAAGUGGGAAUCUACAAUGUUGGCACAGGAAGAGGUAGAUCAGUGAAGGAGUUUGUGGAGGCAUGUAAGAAGGCAACCGGGGUGAACAUCAAAGUAGACUACCUCCCUCGUCGGCCAGGUGACUAUGCUGAAGUGUUCAGUGACCCGACUAAGAUCAGGCGUGAGCUGAAUUGGACAGCGCAACACACCAAUCUUCAAGAUAGCUUACAAACUGCAUGGAGAUGGCAGAAGUCACACCGUAAUGGGUACGGAGACCCUCUGGCAAUGGCUUCCUAAUACAUUCGCCGCUUUCCUAGAGGAAGAAGACUAACGCAAAACUCAUGCGGAGCUGACUUCAGCCCUAGCUUCUAUUAGUCUCUUAGAAGGGGGGUUGGAAGGGUUUUGGUAUAAUUAUUUUUUAUAUUUCAUAUAUGUGGUAGAAUGUAGGAAGCAGCCCAUUUAUUACAUGUAUUUGAAACACAGAGAACUAGUUCAAUAAGAAUGGCCGGUCAGGUAUAGCUGUUAUCUUGUUCAUA